AUGGAUCUGAGCAAUGGCAGCAGCGGCGGUGGAGGGGGCGAGCUGCACAACAACCAGUUCUAUCAGUGCGAGGAGAACAAGCCUUUGCUGGGGGACUCCGAGGGCAACAACAACAGUAAAGUGGCUGCGGGGCCGUGCAAGAGGAGCCUGCUCCACUGCGGGGGAGGGGGGAUGCGCUACAAGCUGCUCCAUGAGGGGGACAUCCAGGUGUGCGUGCUCAAGCAUCCACGGACCUUCCUCAGCAAGAUCCUCAGCUCCAAGUUCCUGCGCCGCUGGGAGCCACAUCACCUCACCCUGACCGACAGCAGCAUCAGCUCGGCCACGCCCACCGGUUACAUGGAGGCGUCCCUGUCAUACAGCUGCAUAGAGGACCUGCAGCUCCUGGCCUGGGACAACGCCCCCAAAUACUGUGUCCAGCUCAGCUUCCCCGGAGGCACCGUCCUUCUACAGGCUGCAAACAGUUAUCUACGAGACCAGUGGUUUCACUCGUUACAGUGGAAGAAAAAGAUUUACAAGUACCGCAAGGUUUUGACCAACCCGAGCCGCUGGGACGUGGUUCUAAAAGAGAUCCGUGCGCUGGUGGACAUGGCGCUGACCUCACCGCUGCAGGAUGAGUCCAUUCAUCAGGCCCCUUUGCACAUCAUCUCCACCCUGCUGGCCGAGAACUCCAAUCUCAGCGCUCAGGAUCACGAAAACAUCAUUGUUGCCAUCGCUCCUCUGCUGGAGAACAACCACCCGCCUCCCGACCUGUGCGAGUUCUUCUGUAAGCAUUGUCGAGAGCGGCCGCGUUCUAUGGUGGUGAUCGAAGUCUUCACGCCUGUGGUUCAGAGAAUUCUUAAACACAAUAUGGACUUUGGAAAGUGUCCUCGCCUGCGCCUCUUCACUCAGGAGUAUAUUUUGGCUUUGAACGAGCUGAACGCCGGGAUGGAGGUGGUCAAAAAAUUCGUCCACAGUAUGCACGGCCCAACGGGACAAUGCCCUCACCCUCGAGUCCUGCCAAACCUGGUGGCUGUGUGUCUCGCUGCCAUCUACUCCUGUUAUGAGGAGUUCAUCAACAGCCGAGAUAACUCUCCCAGCCUCAAGGAGAUCCGUAACGGGUGUCAGCAGCAGAACGAGAGAAAACCCCCAAUGCCCCUGCGCCUGCUCCGCGCUGAGCCCCCCACACCGCCCCCGUUGUCUGGGAGCCCCCCACAGAUUGUACAGAACGGGACGUCCAGCCCGGCCCCAGCCAUCCCCAUCUCCCCCACACCGCCCCCCACAUCGCUGCCACUCUCCCCUCCUCUGUCCGUGGUCAACUCCAGUGAGAUCCUAGUGGAGCUGGAGCGCAACAACAACAACAACACCACUAAUGCCAAGAGGAAGGUGGGGCCAUCAGGGGGCGACAGCGAGCCCAACCUGAUCGACUGUCUCCUGGUCAGCCCCGCGGUCAACACCUUGUCCAUCCAGCUCCCUGCUCAGGCCGACCGCGUGCUCGGAUGCUUUGCCCUCAUCCUCAAAAUGCUGUCGGACUAUGACGACUGGAGGCCGGCUCUGGCCAGCCUUCUGCAGCCCAUCCCCUUCCCUAAAGAGGCCCUUGCACAUGCCAAAUUCACAAAGGAGCUGAAGUACGUGAUCCAGAGGUUUGCAGAAGACCCUCGACAAGAGGUUCACUCAUGUCUGCUGAGCGUGCGUUCUGGUAAAGACGGUUGGUUCCAGCUGUACAGUCCUGGGGGCGUGGCCUGUGAUGACGAUGGAGAGCUGUUUGCCAGUAUGGUUCAUAUCCUCAUGGGCUCUUGUUACAAGACCAAGAAGUUCCUUCUGUCUCUGGCCGAAAACAAGCUGGGGCCCUGUAUGCUGCUGGCCCUCAGAGGGAACCAGACUAUGGUCGAGAUCCUGUGCCUGAUGCUGGAGUACAACAUCAUAGAGAAUAAGGACACACAGCUGCAGAUCAUCUCCACUCUGGAGAGCACUCAGGUCGGUCUGCGCAUGUACGAGCAGCUGUGUGACCGGCAGAGGGAGCUCAAGGAACUGCAAAGAAAAGGAGGCCCCACACGCCUCACUCUGCCCUCCAAGUCCACGGAUGCCGAUUUGGCUCGUCUAUUGAGCUCAGGGUCCUUUGGGAACUUGGAGAACUUAAGUCUGGCCUUCACCAAUGUCACCAGUGCCUGUGCUGAGCAGCUCAUCAAGCUGCCGUCACUCAAACAGCUAAACCUGUGGUCCACUCAGUUUGGAGAUGCGGGGCUGCGGUUGUUGUCGGAGCACCUGGCCUGUCUACAAGUGUUAAACCUGUGUGAGACGCCAGUCACUGACGCCGGGCUGCUGUCCCUCAGCUCAAUGAAGAGUCUGUGUAGUCUGAACAUGAACAGCACCAAACUCACGGCGGACACGUACGAAGACCUCAAGGUCAAACUGCCCAAUCUGAAAGAUGUCGAUGUCCGGUACACAGAGGCCUGGUGA